AUGUCGGACAUCAUGGAGAAGAUCGCGUCCAUCGAGCUCGAGAUGAGCCGGACGCAGAAGAACAAGGCGACGGCCGCGCACUUGGGGUCGCUGAAAGCGAAGCUCGCGAAGCUCCGGCGCGAUCUCAUCGAGCCCUCGAGCAAGGGCGGGCCGAAGGGCGAGGGUUUCGACGUCACGAAGACGGGCGACUGCCGCGUCGGUUUAGUCGGGUUCCCGUCCGUGGGGAAGUCCACGCUUCUGAAUAAGCUCACCGGGACGUUCAGCGAGGUGGCCGCGUACGAGUUCACGACGCUCACGUGCAUCCCUGGGGUGAUUCGCUACCGCGGCGCGAAGAUACAGCUCCUCGAUCUUCCCGGGAUCAUCGAGGGCGCGAAGGACGGCAAAGGCCGCGGUCGCCAAGUCAUCUCCACCGCGCGGACGUGCAACGUCAUCGUGAUCGUGUUGGACGCGCUGAAACCGCUCACGCACAAGCGUUUAAUCGAGCACGAGCUCGAGGGCUUCGGCAUCCGCCUCAACAGAGAGCCCCCGAAGAUCACGUUUCGAAAGAAGGACAAGGGCGGGAUAUCGUUCACGCCGAACAACAACGGCGAGACGACCUUCCUCGACGAGGAAACGGUGAAGAACAUCUUGAGCGAGUACAAGAUCCAGCACGCGGACGUGAAGCUGCACGAGGACAGCACGGACGAGGAGCUCAUCGACGUGAUCGAGGGGUCGAGGAUUUACGUCCCGUGCAUAUACGCCAUCAACAAGAUCGAUCAGAUCACCGUGGAGGAGCUGGACCUCCUGACGAAGAUGAAGCACUACGUCCCGGUGAGCGCGCACAAGGAGUGGAAUCUCGAUGGACUUCUCGAGACGGUGUGGGAUUACCUCGACUUGGUGCGCGUGUACACGAAGCCGCGAGGGGUGAACCCAGAUUACGACGACCCCGUGGUGUUGCCGAGGAAGGCGUGCAGCGUGGAGGAUUUCUGUAACCGUUUACAUAAGGGGAUCAUGCGGUCGUUUAAGCAGGCGCUGGUGUGGGGGUUGAGCGUGAAGCACCGGCCGCAGAAGGUUGGGAAGGAGCACAUUUUGGAGGACGAGGACGUCGUGCAGAUAGUCAAGAAGGUGUGA